AUGGAAUUUCAAGAAAACUUCGUGCAUUCUCCCGCCCUGGACUCUCCCGUCCUGGACUUUGUUACAGAAUCAGAUUUUGGCCUGGAGUCCCCAGAAUCAGACCAGACCGAGAUGCACAGCGCGGAUCUGUGUAACCGACUCUGCGGUUUUGCAGCAAUACGGGAGUUUUCCGAUGAGUCUCUUCCAUUUGGAGACGACAGGGAGCAGGUGAAUUGCUUGGGAGGCCAGGGAAGAACCGGUAAAUUAGGAUCUCUCGAUUCCCUGAUGGUCAGACCCCAAAGGAAACGUGUGAUCACCCAUGCUCAGCGUCAGGCUGCCAAUGUCAGGGAACGGAAAAGGAUGUUCGGCCUCAAUGAAGCGUUUGAUCAGUUAAGGAAAAAAGUGCCCACCUUUGCAUACGAGAAACGUCUGUCUAGGAUUGAAACCCUGCGACUUGCGAUUGUCUAUAUCUCGUUUAUGACCGAACUUUUGAAUAAAGAGAAAAAUCCAAUUCCAGAAUAG